ACAAUGUGAAAGAACAUUGAGAAAUUCGCCUGAGGUUUGGUGCGGCGCGACUGUGUAUCCCAGUUUUGAUACUGCAUCAAACUGAGAUUGUUCUCACUAUCAUUCAAAAUUCAGUGAUUCCGUGCACCGACCAAAAUAACCAGCCUUUGCCGGGAUCAUUUUAGCCAAUUUGUAUCUUCCCAUUGGUCUUUUUUUUAAGGGAUUAGGAAGGGAAUAGUUUGUCAAAAUCCAACCGUUUUGUUUUCUAGAAAUGCAAAGUUGUUGAUUUUUUUUAAGAGAUGUUACAGUUUCGUUCACCUGGAGGAGAAAAACAGGGCUGGAAGCUUUGCCGUGGGUGAUAUUUUAAACAACAUGGCAAUGUGAUUUGAUAUUUUCGCACGCCACGUGUUUGUCAUAUUGUACAAGGGAGCGACUUUAUGCUAAAAGCAGAUUGUCUGGUUUAAAAAUCUGCUGUCAGGUUGAAAGGAAAAGCGAGGCGGGAGAAACCUGCAAUUUGCUUUUAGAGCCAUGUCUGCUGUCGCUUAUAUCGAUUACCUGGCCGCCGAAUGUUUAGUCUCCAUCUCCAGUCGCCCUAUCGUGCACCAGUCUCCUGGGCAGGAGCUGACUGGAGAGGGUAAGAGGGAACCCAGGGAGGGCUGCAAGGACGGAGGCUCCCUCCUCACCAUGGCCAGGAUCCUGGCGGACCUGGGCCAGCGCCGACCAAUCUCCCAACUCGGGUGCAGUCACUCCGGGGGCUGCGCUGAUUCGGAGGGCGCCGCCCAGCGCCUGGAGCCGCCUCUUGCGCCCGGAGUUACGCCGGAGUAUGGACUUCUACAGUGCAGCGCAACGGGUGAGGGGAAGCCCAUCUCCGGCAAGAGGCAUGAGUGCCCCUACACUGGAUGUGGCAAAGUGUACCGAAAGUCUUCUCACUUGAAGGCACAUUUCAGAACGCACACAGGAGAAAGGCCCUUUCCUUGCACGUGGCCCAGUUGCAGCAAAAGGUUUUCCCGUUCUGAUGAACUGACGCGACACUACAGAACCCACACUGGAGAGAAAAGGUUCAAGUGCCCCCUGUGUGAGAAAUGCUUCAUGAGGAGCGACCAUUUGACGAAGCAUGCCAGGCGACAUCCUGGCUUUCAUUCCGGCAUCCUUCAAAAGCCGCGGAGGACAAUUGGGUCCCUCCGAUCCACAGCCCCCGAGCCAGCAAGAUAAAAUCCUAUCCUCCAGGGAGGGAGGAGAUCAGCCGGCUGCUGAUGUCGCUGUGCCGUCAGUACACCAAAGGAGAUCAGCCGCUGCUGUUAAAGACCGGCUGUGUAGUUUGCGUUUCAGUGCUGUGGCCUUCAAACGCUGGAGCACUUUCUAAUCGCAGUUCUGUGCUUGUUAGCAUUCAUAUUUGGCUGACAUUUAUUUUGUUCUGUGACACAGGACAGCCCUACACAACAAUAGAUUUCCAAUGCUUCUCGUAAUUCUAGUCAGUUUGAAAUGCAGUCUCCUGAACUACAUGAUAGAAACUACUGCUGCACUGUUAUGCUCUCAGCAGGCAGGAAAGUUUACUCUGAACACUUUUUCUUAUUUGGAUAGGGACACCCGUCCAAUUGUUCAUGUCUAGGACCACCGUGUUAGGACUGUAUAAAACAGGCACUAAUUCCAUUUGGUGCCAUCAGCUCCAUGAGGUGUGACUUUGAAUUUGUACCAGGAAAAGACAAAUUGCAAGAUUGACAAGUGGAAUACCACAGUGGGUGUCGAUCUAGUGAUUUAGUAGCUAGAAUACCCUUCUGAGAAAGAGGACAGUGGUUGAUAUGGCAUGGCUUUGUGAUAGCUGGUGAUGUGUUUCACAAGGGGAGAUGGGGAAUGGGGCAGAGAAGAACAUUGUUUUUUUACAGCAUUGGAAACUUAUUAAGCCUCUCUAUUUUUCUUUGCUACCUUUUUGAAAAAGGAACGCUAGGCAAUCUACCUCCUAUUUUUAACUAUGGUACCAGCACAAGUAUACUUAAUACAAUGAUUGACAAUCAAGCUGUAAUGUGGUGCCUCUCUGUGCGAAUAUAUAAAUAACGUGUAUGUAUUGUCUGGUUAAGCCCUUUUACUGCAUGUAAAUGCAAUUCUAUUUUCUUCCAUCAUUUGAAAUCUUGCAAUUUAUAUAUUUUGUGAAAGUUUACAAAUGAGUAAAAUUCAAACCUGAAGUGAAGCUUCUAAUUUUCAAAAAUGAGCACAACUUAUUCAUGUUAAAAUCAAUACCAAGAAUGAACUGUGUUUUUGAAGUGAGAAACAUCAUUGUAAGGAAAUGUCCAGUGGAGGGAUGUUUAUUACUCCAGAUUAUCACAUUCAUCCAAUAAAAUCUGACAGCACUUCUA